CAGAAUCUUCUUGACACCUAUGUCUUCAUUUCGUCAGAGGGGGAAAAGUUGCCAAGAACAUUGACUUCCAGGAUAUGAGCAGACGUCCCACAAGUAUAAAUAGGAGGGAGCCCUGAGCCCUGGAGCCAGAGCUGAGGAGGCAGCUGAGAUCCCUGGAGCCAGAGCUGAGCACAAGUACAACUCCCAUCCUCUGUGUGGAACAAGACAGACUUGACCUUUCCCAGCACCUCCUGCCCGCUCCUUCUCCUCCUCAUCAUGAGUCUGUGGGUCCUGGCGCUCGGCGCCCUCCUGCUGGUGGAGCAGUGUCACUGCAUGUUCCUGGCUAAUAACACCUUCCUGGAGAACCUCCUGAGCCGAUACCAGGACGGCGCAGCGCACUCCAGGAGCCGAAGAGCCAUAGCCCGGUCCGAUAAGGAGGAAAUCCUGCAACUGCACAACAAGCUGCGAGGACAAGUACACCCAUCAGCCUCCAACAUGGAGUACAUGACGUGGGACGAUGAGCUGGAGAGGUCAUCAGAAGCCUGGGCGCAGCAGUGCAUGUGGGAGCAUGGACCUAGCAACCUGAUCAUGUCCAUCGGACAGAACCUGGCGGUGCACUGGGGCAGGUAUCGAUCGCCAGCAUUUCACGUCCAGUCCUGGUACGACGAGGUGAAAGACUACACAUAUCCGUAUCCCCAUGAGUGUAACCCCUACUGUCCAGAGCGGUGUUCCGGACCCAUGUGCACCCAUUACACCCAGAUUGUCUGGGCCACAACCACUAAAGUGGGCUGCGCGGUGAACAUCUGCAAGAGGAUGAACGUGUGGGGAGAGAUCUGGGAGAACGCCGUCUACCUCGUCUGCAACUAUUCCCCAAAGGGGAACUGGAUUGGUGAAGCCCCUUAUAAGAAUGGCCGGCCAUGCUCCGAGUGCCCACCCAGCUAUGGAGGCAACUGCAAAAAUAACCUCUGCUACAAAGGUGACAAGCGCGCUGGAGCGGCAGAGACUUAUGAGACCAAUGAGAUCGAAUCUCCUCGUGUCCCUGAAGAGACGGUGAUCUGGGUGCAUGAAAAGAUCAACAAGCCAAAAGUUGUGCCAAAAACAACGCAGCCGGCCACCGAGAACCUCAUGACCCAAUUCAUCAAAUGUGAGACAAGGAUGAGGGAUAAGUGUAAAGGAUCCACCUGCAACAGGUAUUUCUGUCCGGCCGGCUGUGCAAACAAGAAGGUGAAGGUCUUUGGGACCCUGUUCUAUGAGAGCAUGUCCAGCCUGUGCAGAGCGGCCAUACAUUAUGGGGUCAUUGACAACAAUGGCGGUCUGGUGGACAUCACCCGGAAGGGGCGGCUGCAGUUCUUUGUCAAGUCCACCAGGAACGGCGUGGAGUCACUGAGUAAAUUCAAACCUGGAAAUUCAUUCAUGGUGUCAAAAGUGACAGUGCAGACAAUUGAUUGUUACUCCACGGUGGCGGAGAUCUGUCCGUACGAGAAGCCGGCGAAGCACUGUCCCAGGUUCUCCUGCCCCAGCCACUGUAAGGAUGAGCCCUCGCACUGGGCGCCCGUCAUCGGCUCGAAUAUUUAUGCAGAUACGUCCAGCAUUUGUCGGACGGCCGUUCACGCCGGUGUCAUUAAAGAUGAGUCCGGGGGAUACGUGGAUGUGAUGCCCGUGGACAGAAAAAAUCAUUAUUUGGGCUCUAAUAAAAACGGGAUCCACUCAGAGAGCAUUAAGAACCGCAAAGAAGGUAAAUCUUUCCGCAUUUUUUCCGUGAAGCAAUAAUAGGAAAUUUAAUGGCGGAAUCUUCACGAACUUUGAGGAGGCCGAACAUCCCCCAUCUUGUCUGACUUCUGGAAUCGGGUCACCUCACAUCUAUCUCCCGAAUGACAUCACCAUAUUCAGCCCUGAGGGGUCAUACGGCGUCCGGACCUGGAUUCCGGGACAUUAUAGGACAGUGCACAGAAGUGUGCGUCCACCGGAGCCCCUCCCACAACUCUGUGGCGACCACUCCGCGUCCUCCGCCAUUCGAUAAAGAACUUAAAGCCAAAUAUUGGGCAGGGGUGGGGGACUGGCGGGCGUGUCCCCUGGGUGUUGUACAUUUUCACCUUUUGUAUUGUGUCUUGUAUACAGCAGUGCUGGUUAUUUUAUAUUUGGGGUAAUAUUCGCCCUCUGUAUAUAUAUAUAUUCUUAUCUAUGUAUGUGCUGUGGAUAACGGCAGGAUGGAUGAAGGGGCUGCGCAGGGUUAACUGCUCCUUCCCCUUUAAUGACUGGUAAUUAGCGGGUGGCAGCUCCUGACUUCAUCCAUGACUUAUAUGUAAAGUGUUUGUACAUAGGAAUCACCUGGCUCUGUGCCCGGUCCUUGUCCUCUGAUGGGGGGAGGAAGUGGUAAAAGGUGGUCUUAAGAUCACAGAAAGACCCUCAGCCCCCACAUCAAUAAAAUAUUUAAGCAGCGAGUCUGCAUUGCGCACACAGUGAACCCCAAGUCGCCCAGUCGCCGAGCGUAAUCACUGUAUAAUGAGACAGUCUGCAGCUUUCUAAUAGACUUCUAUAUUUACUGGUUGCCAUUAAUUGACAGCAAGCAGAGGUUUUUGAAAUGCUGAGGAAUUAAAAUACAAAGUCUAUUAGGAAGAUGUAAAACAUCUCAUUUUUCAAGGAUUAAACUUUUCUUUAAUUAAGACUUGUCACCGUUCAAUAAAUGUCAUCCAUAAAUUACACAUUUAUCCCUAAGUCCUAUCUCCUCAAAAUCUUCUUCUGCUCCUAAAAGCAACACAUAAUUAACAGUCCACCUAAACUCCACCAGCAGAAUAGUGAGUGCAGCUCUGAAGUACAAUACAGGAUGUGACUCAGGAUCAGUACAGGAUAAGUAAUGUAUGUACACAGUGACUGCACCAGCAGAAUAGUGAGUGCAGCUCUG